UCUCGAGUUGAGUUUUCGAGUUUGUCUCGAUCUGACAGUUGCGUUUAUUGUUGGGCUGUUAUCGCUUGAUUUUUAGCGCAUUUUAUUUUGAUAAAUAAUCCAUUGCCAAUUUUUACGUACUCUGUACUCAUCACUCGUAUCGACUCCUCGUGUUUAUUCCGCUUAUAAACUUUUAUUGCUUACUAACUUGAUAAAGAUGAUUUUUCUUGUGAGAUUCCAAUCGUUUUCUGUAAACUGCAUCUUUGUAUAGGAACGCUCUCGCGGGCACGUACUUACCGCCUGGCCAUCAGCACUUUCUCUUGCUGAUGCUUUGCCAGUUUUGAGUAAUUAGUACUGUAGUUUGUUGUGUGCAGAGAGUCCGGCGGAAACCGACAUUGAAGUAACCGUAUUGUAGUGUUUGAAUAAAUAGUUUUAAGAAGUACCGUGUAGUGUGAUGUGCUAGUGAUGGUUGAGCGGGACGGGAUGCGGCGCGGCGGUAGCAGCAGCGGAGGUGGCGGCGGGUGCAGCUGGGGCGGCGGUAUGCUUGGCCGCUGGUCCCUCAGGCGCUUGCUGCUUGAUAGCCCACUAGUGGGCAGAAGGCUUGCACACUCAGUGUUGGACCAAGGUGAUGCGCGGCAGACGAAGCAGACCGCCCCAGAACCCCCAACGCAGAUCAGACAGUUUAUAGUACGAGUGGUCACCGAAGAUGAACUGCGUGCUGAAGCGGUGGAGUGCCCUCUCUGCCUUUCAAUGUUCAACCGCGGUUUGAUGGUGCGGCUGGCGUGGUGCUCUCACCGCUGCUGCGAGUCGUGUCUUCGACAAUACCUCGCUAUUGAGAUCUCAGAGGCCCGAAUGCCGGUCAACUGUCCCGUCUGCCAUGAGAACAUGCAUCCACAAGAUGUGCGUCGCAUCGUUGAUAAUCAAACUUUGUACGACAAGUACGAGGAGUUUUCAGUGCGGCGCGCGCUCGCUGCAGAUCCUGACACCAGGUGGUGUCCAGCGCCCGACUGCAGUUUCGCUGUGGUGGCGAGCGGGUGCGCGUCAUGUCCGAAGCUGACGUGCCUAGCACCGGGGUGCGGUGCAUCCUUCUGCUACCACUGCAAGGCGGCGUGGCAUCCCACGCAGACGUGCGACGCCGCGCGCCGCAGCCGACACCCGCCACCGCGACAGCCGCCCCCGCAGCAGUCCGACAUGGAGCAUGGCGAGGUGAAACCUUGUCCGCGGUGCUCGGUGCUGAUAGUGAAGGUGGAGGACGGCUCCUGCAACCACAUGGUGUGCUGCGUCUGCGGAGCAGAGUUCUGUUGGCUCUGCAUGAAGGAGGUCUCGGAUCUGCACUAUCUUAGUCCGAGCGGGUGCACUUUCUGGGGCAAGAAGCCGUGGUCGCGGAAGAAGAAGCUGCUGUGGCAGCUGGGCACGCUGGCGGGCGCGCCGCUCGGCAUCGCCGUGGUGGCCGGCGUCGCUCUGCCCGCGCUGCUGGUCGGCCUGCCGCUGUGGGCGGGACGCCGCGCGCACCGCCGCCUGCGCCGCGCCUCGCCCGCCCGACGCCGCGCCGCUGUCGCUGCAGCCGUCGCCGCCGCGUUGCUCGUAUCGCCGGUGGUGGCGGGCCUUGCGGUGGGCAUCGGCGUGCCCAUCCUGCUGUUCUACGUGUACGGCGUGGUGCCGGUGUCACUGUGUCGCGCAGGGGGCUGCGCCGCCGCCCCGCCGCCGCAGCCCUACGAGGAGGAGCGCGACGCCGCACACGACGCGGACGCAGCCUCCAGGAGACUCGAGCCCAGCAUCGGCGACGCGUCGCUGUCUGCGGGCUCGCAGCAGGCGGAGGCGCGCGCGCCCUCGCUGGCGGCGCUGGCGGGCUCGCUGGGCGGGCACGAAGCGCACUCGCCCUCGCCCGCCGCGCACCUUGACUUACAUUCGGCUCUUAAGGAGAACUAA